CAUUGCUUUUAUUUAAGUUUUAUCGGUUGUUAUUUUUGCGGUAGACUGUCAUUCUCGUGUUCGUUUUUUUAUUCCUUGUCUUUUGUAUGGUUUAAGGGGGGUAAUGAUUUUAUUUUACAAGAAGUCUCGAUGAGGGGUUCAAUAGACUUCAACAGAGCAGAGCUGUAAACGACGUAAAAUAGCUCGACAUAGUAGCAAAGGAAAGCAUUGUGAACAGAACGAAACUGUCAUUUGGAAUAGGAACUCACAAUUCAAUAAAGUAAGAGAUUGUUAGUGCGAUACGAGUGUUAAAUAAAGUGAGAACGUAGUGGAGACGGCGGCUCCAAAACGGCACGCAAUGCUGGUAAAGUGGAAGUGAUCACAUGAAAAAUUGCUGAGCCAAGCAGCAGCUAAAACAACAGCAACAGCAUAAUUUGGACGUCAAAUUCAUUUUGAAGCAGCAGCAGCAGCAGCAAUUUGCAACUGUAAACAAAUCAGCAACAACAGUAUCAAUAUCACCAAAAGCCAAUUGAUCAUACAUAUAUCAUUACCAGUAAUUCAUGAAAUCAAUGUUAACAUAAUUUCCCAGCGCGACAUUUCAAGUCACAUUUUCUUGUUUCAAAAUAUAUAACGCUACACAUGAAAAGUGUAUAUUUAAACGUGUACAACUAACGCUUUCAUUUAUAUUGGCGAAAUGGUAUCCACGCGUCAAAUGGCCACAAGUGGUGGCAGCAGCGGCAUACUCAAUCAAAAUUCUGCCACUUCAGAUUCCGCCCGACUCAACACAAUGUCCACACAAACCCAACGUGGUAUGAUAGCAGGAGCAGCACCAAACAUUGGUAAUAGUGUGUAUACAAUUACUACACGUCAAUGUGGUCAUCAGCAGAACAUACAACAAAACCAACAACAACAGUUGGUUAAAACGAAUGACACAGCCACCAGCUCUGCCACAAAUGAACAAACAGUUACAGUGCAGUUACUUGAUAUGCCCAUCGAAGUUUUAGCCAAAAUAUUUGCCUAUACAGGCUAUCGCAAAGUUGGCCAAAUGAGAGUAGUUUCACGCCGUAUGAACGACGUUUGUAUGGACGUUUUGAAUUCCACAUUUUCACGUCUUAUUACGCAAACAUAUAAUCGCUUUCAUGCCAUUAAAGCGAAUAUGCCGCGUCGUGAAUCUGCGCGUCGCAAUCAUCCAUUGGCAUGUGAAUGUGAUAUAAUUGAGACAUGUUAUAUGCGUUUGUCGCUGUUGCAAAUGACUUUUGGUAAACAUAUCGAACGUGGCCACUGUUGUUUCUUUCCAGGAGCCAUUUUAGAUGAAGUAUACAAUAUUUUAACAUACAUAAGGAAUACACCGCGCCUGGAGCGUCCUUAUCGGGUUACCGAUGAACUUUUUGAUCUCUCUACAAUGGCCAUGGAAUACUUCAGGGAUCGUAUUGAACAAACUUUGCCCGAUAUAGCUUACUUUAAUAAGGACUUUUUUAAAUUGCCCACCACCACAAAAAGACCUGCUUUAGUUGCAUCUGUCGAUCAUGCGGAUAGCGCCUCAACGUCACCACCACAAAGCAACAUGGUACUACGUAAGGGUAUACGUAAAAUCAAGCAGGGCAUGAAAAUAUACAACAACCAGUUGUCCGUAUUGCGAAAUGAGCUGCGCACUUGCAAACGUAAAUCGUCCGAACAGGGCAAACAAAUUGCCGAACAACAAAAAUUAUUGGCCGAACAGCAGAAACAAACAUUGGAGUACGCCAAUCGCUUGGACGAGAAUGAUAAGAAAAACGAAGAGAUGGCACGUAAAUUUUCCACUUUAUUGCAGGAACUCAAUAAGUGUAAAACCGAACUGCAAUAUUGGCGCUCCAAGAGUCCAGCCAUACCGAUUUGCACAGCAUGUGGUCAAAAGUUGGCACCGCUUAUGCCGCCGCCCGAAGAUUUUCAAGCAUUGAUCAAUCAAGGCGUUAAACCGGAGGAUAUAAUACUCAAUUUAAGCGAUGACACCGAUAUUGAGCGUGAUGCACACAGUGACGCCGUGACAGCAAUACCAACACCCCAAUCGUCACAAUCGCCAACAGUAUUUGCAUUUCCGGAUAGAGAGACCACCGCCAAAUUGUUGGCUGUUAGCAGCACGGUGACAAAGAAUCAGCUGAAACGCCAACAUUACAGUGCUAGUGCCACGUCCAACAAUUCGUUGCCUACAUUAUGCAAUGAUGGGCAUAGCGCAUUCAAUGUUUACGCUAGCGUCGGUCGCAAUAGUGGUAAUAAUAACGCCAAUUGUUGCAGCUGUCAGCUGAGUGCAACGAGUGACAAUCAGUCAGCGGGCGCACAUACGAAUGCAACAACAACAACAAGCAAUGGUAAUGGAAAUUUCAAAGAUUUUUGCAAUGCCACCGAUCAUGCCGCCGGUGAUUGCCGCAUGCAUGGCGUUGUUACGCAGUCGCUGCCAAGCGAAAUGACAAAUCGCCUGAAUUAUGUGUGUGGCAGCAAUAUAAUACGUACGACGGCAACCAAUGCUUGCGCCAGCAGCAAUUGGUGUGGUCUGCAACAAACAACUAAUCCGACCACAACAAAUUCUAAAACGUUUUCCGAUGCAGUUACAAGUGCUGUUGAUGUGACUGUUGAGCCGACCACUUGUAGUGGCAGCAAUGAGAAGGAUGCUAAUAGCAUAAAAUUGCCACAAGCAUUGUGUGGUGGUGGUGGUGGACGUACACAUAGGAGCGUCAUCGUUAGUCCGGCCAUGUUGUUAGCCACCAAGGGUGGUGGUGGUGGUAGCAGCUGCAAUGGUGUGUACACGGCGGCAGCCAAAGAAGACAGCAGCGUUGAAAUGAAUGUUGAAAAUGGCACGCCAACACUAUCCGCGGCCAUAGAGAGCCAUGGUGGUGGUAGCGCUGUGUCUGAGGAGCUGUCGGUGGAGCAUGUCGUCAGCUUGCAAGCCAUCACCUCACACGAUACAAAAAAAGCACGUAGAGUACAAAAAGCCACGAGAUGUUUAAAUGGUAGUGGCAAACGCAGUAAAUAAUAAUCAUAUUAAUUAUAAUAUUUUAAAUGUAACACUUUUACUGUAGUGUUUUCCUUUUACUAUUCGAAUACAUACAUACAAAAUAAGCGAGAAGGUAGAAAGCGAAAAACUAGCAGUGGAAAAGUGAAAAAUUAGAUUGCUACCGUAACCGAAAUGGAAAACAAACAAAAAACAUAUUAUAAUUGUAAGAAGGAAUGGCUGUACCGGCAGUAACGGCAAUAGUGCGCAGUUGGCUUUGUGGUUUUCUAUUUAACAAACUGUAACACUCACCCACACAUCCACAUAUAUAUUUGCUUAUAAUUUAAAUCAUUUAAUGCAGUUAUACGUGUAUAAGUACAUACAUACAUACAUACUUAUAUGUAUUCAGUUGGAAAUGAUAAAUUCUAACUUCGUAGGCAACGUGAUAAUUUUUUUUUAAUGCUAAUUUUCCAUUGUAAAUUUUUACUGAAAAUUAUUAACUCAAAACACAACUAAUAAUACAGUCUUCAAAAACGUCUCAACGUCUCAACUAUAGUUGACGGCACUUUCACACAAACACAAACACAUUUUGUAAAGUACACUUAUUAAUAAAUAUAAUAUUAAUUAUUAUAUAACAACAACAACACACAAAAUGUUACAAACGUUUGAAAGAAGCGCAGCGGUAUAAUAUGCAAAGACAUAGGAGACAUUGUAUGUAGACUCUUAAAGCAAAAACUAUGUGUUUAAAAAUCAAACUAUACAUAUACCCCCAAAAUACAAUAAACAUAAAAUUGGAAUUGGUUAAAAAACAAUAGCCAGCAAAUAGUAAGGACAACACAAACAUUACAAAUUGUAUGUUGUUCGCAAAUACUUUUUUCUCAUUAAAAUAAUAUUUAGCGGAAAGAAAGAGAGAAAGAAAAAAACGCCAACUACUCAUAUUUUUGAUUUUAUUUUGCCUAAACAAACCUACAAAAAAAAAACAAACCAAGUAAAGCAAAGCAAAGAAAACAAAAAGAA